CAUAGUUUAUAAUAAUUAACAGGACUAUAAAUGAUAAAGCACAAGCCUAAUAUUGUGAGACGUCACCACCAUAUUAAUGGGCAACAAAGGGCCUGAGCUACAUCAGGGCUAGACAAAAGUUCACUGAGGAAUAAGUCACGGAAGGUUAAGAAUAACAUUAAGAAAAAUAAAUCUGUCGGAUGAAAAAUAAGUGCUACGAAUAGUAAAUAUUGCUUUGUGGGAGCUGAAAUUGAGGAAAUGUUCUGAUCUGUUAAUCCAGGGUUGAAAAUUGCAACCCUGGGUAAGGGCAAAAAGGAGAGAUUGAAUAGAAAGGGUAGGAGAAAGAGACAAUUUGGCUCCUUACCCAAAAAUUUGUCUUCGAGUAGUUUAAAGCCCACAAUGACUUUUGAUCAUCUAAAAACUCCCAAAUCUUCUCAAAACAUUGACAAAUACUUCCAAAGUCCCUCAACUACCUUCUCAAACCCCAAAACCCUCUCUAAAAGUUUUAAAAAGUCUAAAAAACGUCUUAAUUUACUUUCAAUUCCCCACUCAAAAUUGCCUAAAAUCUCUCAAACUCCAAGAAACUCCUCUCUCGAGUCUAUCACCAGACAAACUGAGGUAGAAAACCUCAAAAUAACAGAACUGCUCAAGCCAAGCUUCCAUAUUCCUCCCCAACGAGUCGGCACCUUUGACGUGCUUGACCAAAGAAUCGAGAACACCAAAACACAGAUCUUAAACAUGAAGCAGCAGAUUUCUAGAAUCUGAGAGACCCCGAAAUAAUCCGCAGGAAGAAGUCCAGAGAUAUAAGUACGAAGUUAAAGAGGUCAAGCCCAAAGAAACAGUAGAGGAGCCUGAAUCUGAAAUUGAAAUCAAUUCUGAUAAUGAGUUUGAUAUUAACCUCAAGAGCCAAUUAAAGCUUGGAGUUGUCCAGAAGAUUAUCAAUUAUCGCUGAAAUGAGAUUAUUGAUAAUAAUAUAACCAAAGAGCGCUUUUUGGAACGAAUAGAGGUGCUAAGGACGAAAAGAGAUUUACAGACGAGAUUCACUACCAAUCAAAAUAUUGAUAGUAUUCGUAAUGCUGAUGAUAUCCACAAGCAGAUCAUUAAAAGCAAACCAAAGUACAUGACUGAUUAUGAAUAUCGAAAAAUGCUCAUAAAUUCUCGUAAGAAUAUCGAAGUUAGCAGCUCUUACAAGCGGGCUAAAUUCCUCGUAGGAAAGCAAGAAUACCUCCAAGAUUUCAGAGAGAAAUAAGAAGAAGGAAAGGAUUCAUUUUAAAAUAAAGUCCAAGGCUAUCCAGACCUGGGCCAAGCUCAUACUGCUUGUGAAGUUGUUCAGGGACACUAAGUUCUACAUCCAGAGGCGGAACCAAGAAAAACAUGAAGCAAUAGCAAAGUUCAACAGUAUCUCAAUUAUCGAGAAAGUUCUGGGAAAAUUCUUAAAAUAAAUACAAAGAUUCCCGCACUAGAAGGUGUACUAAUAAAAUCCGUUUCUUCUCAGCAUUCCAGUGAGCCAUCCUGAAGGACCAUACAGAUAUAAAAUCGAGAGAUAUCAUUCUAGAUUUCUUGGAGGAUCGUAAAUCUAAAUGCAUGAUGAUCGGCUGAUUCAAAUCAGUCAAGCAAAAGAUCAUCAUCAUAAAAGCUACGCUUAAGUCGAAAGGUGUAGAGAAAGAAGCCAGGGAAAAGCUGUUUAUAGAUUAUUGGAAUAAUGGAAUCCCACAAUGAGAUGAAGCACUCGGUGACGAGGUUAAUGGCAAGGCAAAUGACAGAACCUUCGAAAAAUAAGCAGAUAAUAUCCCCACAAGAUUGUUAACAACUAAGUAGAUCAAGAAUGAGGCUGAUCUUAGUUAUUUAAACAGUUCAUAACAAUUGUAGCCAACACAUUUCGUGUUUAAUCCAUGACGUAUCGCACUAGCAAGCUCUCUAAC